UCAUGAGCCAGAUUCGGGAAAAGGCUGAUUGUCAGGUAGCGGUCCAGCUAACUUCAGAGCUAACUAUGCCUGGGAAAUGUAAAUUUCAGGACACCUGGCUGGCGAAGGACAUUUAUAAGGACUGGCUGGUUAAGGACCUGCACGAUAUUCACUUCGCGCGAUGUAGAGCCUGUUGUAGAUCAAUCAAACUCCAGACAAUGGGCGAGGCUGCGCUCACCAGUCACGCAGGAGGAGCUGGACACAAAGCUGCGGUGCGCAAGCUAAUGGAAGGUACUUUAAUGGUGGUGAAUGUAGAUGAUGAGAUAAAUGGCAGCGAUAGUCAGACUGAGGAAAGCAAGGAGCAAGUGGCCAUCUGCCUCCAGCGUGAUGCCUUGGACAGAAUAGCAGGCAGCAACUGGUCAGAUGUGCACCACAUUCCCACUACAAACUCCACAUCCCACAAUGCAGAGCUACCGGAUGUGGCAUUUCACUCUGCCUACUUCACAGCACCAGGCACGUCCAGGCUUGUCAGUCAUCGUCUCCAGUCAUCAGGCAGCGACACGGAGGAGGCUGGCAGCCACCGCUUGAUUCAGCAUGACUCCAUAGACCUGGCGAGAGCGGAGCACCAGCAGAGAACAGAGACCCUGGAGCAGCAGCAGCAGAUGAAGAUCUUGGAGUGGGAGAACAGGAUGAAGGUGCUGGCGUGUGAGCAGGAGCUGGUGAGGGAGAAGAGGAGAGCCGUUCGGCAGAAAGAGAAGGCCUUCAGGAUGAAGAAAGCGUACUAUAAAGCCAAGCUAAAAAAGAUGGGGGAGGACGUGCCACCGUCUUCCUCCAGCAGCAACGAUGAAGAGGAAAAAAACAUCUGAUCCAAUACAGUAAACUGACAACAACAUAUCUGUUUUUAUUUGUGCUUAUUGCACUCAUGUCUUCUUCUGUCAUUGAAUUGUUACUAUUUUUAUACUGUGCAUUGUUUUUGUACAUAAAUGCAGUGACUUAGCUGUUUUUACACAGAGAGAAAAAAUACUUUCCAAUGAGUAAGACUGAAUAAGAUAUUUGAAAAUGUUCAAAUAGAUUAACUAGAAGUACUGCAGCUUCAAAAAUCAACUGACCUUGUUAAGAUAAUUAUCCCAAUGUGUGUUUUAGACAUUCAUUUAGCAUAGAAUGGCUUUAAUAUUCAAAAUCACACAUAGUAUUUUAAAAAAUGUAUUGAGAUGACAUCUAAUCACUACAAAUGUAGAAAACAUUUUCAAAUGAACAGUCCUUUUCACACAUUAUUGUUGAAGCUGCUUCUUCAGUGUAUGUCCAAGAGAAUGUUUGCUUAAAUGUUUUUUUGCUUGCUUCCUAAAUAAAUGUAAUUAGUGGAGAAACACACA